CCCUGCACGGUAUCAACUUGAGAGCGCGCUGGCCGGAGGGCGCCGCCAAGGAGGCUGCGGCAGCAACUGGAGUUCCGUGCCGCCGAGACCGGGCCUGGCGACGGGUCCCAAUGUGGCGGCAGCGCGGGGGACGCCUCCGGGCCCCUGCAGGAACAGCGGCGAGCGGCGGCGCCCAUGACGUGGACUAGCAGCAUGAGCAGCGGUUACAGCAGCUGGGAAGAGUCCGAGUCCGAGGAGUUCUUCUUCACCGCCCGCACCUCCUUCUUCAGGAAUCCCCCCGGAAAAGCCAAGCCAUGUGUCCAAGAUGUUCAGAAAGAGAGAGAAGUUCACAAUUACCUCACCAAAGAAGCAAUCAAGGAGAAAGUUGAAACAUACAAUUCAGAUGUUACAGAUAAGCUAAAGAUGACAUUGAACCCCAGCGGAGUGUACACUGGCUUCAUCAAAGUUCAGAUGGAACUGUCCAGACCCAUCACACUACGGGAUUCUGUGAAUCCGGGGCAGCAUAUCAGCAACAACAAUGAGGCAACUUUCUACCUGCCCAAUGGCUACAUGAAUACUCUUCACAUCAGCAGUACUAACACUGUCCGUGAAGUGGUUGAAGCGUUGCUCAAAAAGUUUCUGGUGGCUGAUAAUCCUGCCAAGUUUGCACUUUAUAAACGUUGCCACAAGGAAGAUCAAGUUUAUAUGUGCAAGCUCUCUGAAACAGAACAUCCUCUGUAUUUGCGGUUGGUGGCUGGCCCAAGAACAGACAUGCUUAGCUUUGUUCUCCGUGAGCAUGAACCUGGAGAAGUUUUGUGGGAAGCCUUUAGCUUUCCUGAACUACAGAAUUUUCUGCGAAUACUGGACAAGGAAGAAGAUGAGCAGUUACAAAUCUUAAAAAGGCGCUAUGCAGCAUACAGAGACAAACUUGAAGAAGCCCUUGGUGGGGUUUGGAAACCAGGUUAAAAUGGAGCCAAAGAACACUCAGGAAAAUUUUUUAUUAUCAAAUAUUGAAGAACAUGCCAAAUAAAGUAUCCAAAGCAAGAGCAGUUUGUCUCUUUAAAACAGACAACUGUUUUGGUAUUGUAGAAGUGGUGCAGUAAAUUGAAAUAUUUUGCAGAUUUCAUUUAGAAAUAAAAAACUGCAAUAUUUGCAGUUCUGUCAUGAGUGCUUUAUGAAUGAUUAGAUUAUGUCAUGCUAGCUGUGAAAGUCUACUUUUAAUGACACUAUGAAACAGAAAAAUUACUUGCUUGGUUAAUUUGUACCUUUUAAAACAAAAUGCAAAUGUAAGUUUAUUAUAAACCCAAGCCCAGUUUUGAAUAAAAUUAGUACAUAUGAUUGAUUUGCACUAAAUUUCUUCAAAUAUGUCUCUGUAACUUUGCAAAACAUUAUUUUUAUAUGUAGAAGAGAUGGAAAAUGUGUUUCAAAUGCUGUGUAGAAGAUGUUCAAGCAAUCUGAAGAAGGUAGAGGGGAAGUUGGAAAGAAGGCAAGAGGCAGAGGAUGUAGAAACAGAAAAGAGAAACGGUUAUUUUGCAAGUUGAUUUAUGUUUGGAUAAGACAGUUGAGCAUUUGUACUGUUUUAGUAUUACUGAAAUUAAUAUAUUCAAUACCAUUAUUGAGAUAGGUUUUACUAGAUAUAGUGGAAAUUGAGCUGCAUAAGGACUUUUGUGAUGUGCAGGACAUAACUUGUCACAAUCUUGUAUGUGUUGUAUGAUAUGCUGAAAUACUCGGUUGAGUCUUUCAAGCAUUAUGAAAAAAGUAAUCCAGGAUGAAAGAACUAAUCCACAAUUCUUGUACUCCACUGAAUAUCUAAAGAGGCAAUUGAAUUUAUGUCACACAGACAGAUACUUAAGAGAUAUCGUCGUAUCAUCCUGCAUGAAAGAAAGACAAACUUUUUCCUUUUGUCUGAAGCAGGAUAGAGGAUGAGCUCUAGUGUCUGUAAGUUUAUUACCUUGUGCUGUGAGCAACUUGAAUUGUCUGCGUUUUAGUCUUUUUUGAACUAUAAAAUGUUUCAAAAGCUGCCUAGGAUUCUGUAUGCUGCUGAACUAAAUGCAAGGUAAAUUUUUGAGGGGGAAGGAUUUUGCUUUUGAGUAACUAUUUUUUUUCCAGAAAAAUUUCAUCUAACAUACACAGGGUAAUUGAAACCAAAGACAUGGGUGUGUAACACAUACCUUUAUAUAAAUGUGUAACAGUACAUGCUUUUAAAAAAUGUACAGCCACCCAGGGGAACAAUUUCUGACUUGAGAUAACUAUAACCAUACUGUAAAAAAAUAAUGGUUAGCAGUCAUUUUCCCUUUCUAAUUAUUUGGACAUUAAUUUUGAAAUUUCUGAGAAAUAUCCACUACUCUUGAGACACCUGGUGCAUAUUUUAUUGACCACCAAGAUGUAUGUUCCCCUGAAGAAGAGUGCCUAUAUUUAAUUUUGGCUGCUUUCCCCCUCAAAACAUUCUGAAUUUUUAAAUUUGCCAAGACAAUCUUGAUAGGUUGAAAAUGUUAACACUAAAUUAGAAGUAGAAUUAAUUAACAAAUAAUAAAUGGCAUAUCUCGUUUGGGAUUUUAUUCACAUGUAGUACUUUGUGUGUGCCUUGCUGUUAUUGACAACAUAAUUAAAGUCACAUAGGAUAGGGGUGCAGGUUAUGUUUGACAUUGGUUAGAAUUAUUUUUCUACAAAUAUUAUGUCACCUUGGCAUAACAACGUAAUUUUAUUUCCAUGUGCCAAAAACCUUUUGAUGAAAGUACGAGUAUUUAAAUGCUUCUUAGUGUGAUGUUUCAUCUAGUCACAUGCAAAGUACGCACCUUAGUUCUUGUCAGAGAGAUGCAAUUGUAGAGUAUACAUUGCACAGUUGAGCAAUGCCCAUUGCAAGACACAUCAAGCAUUGCUUUUGGAUAAAGUGUUACCAAGGGAAAGGUUUAAAAAGGUUUAAAAAAAAAAACAGUUGAACGGAAGGUUUUCAGCAGAGUAUUUCAGCUAAAUUGGGGUGGGGUGAGAUAGUUUUCAUCUUCAGUUUUGUUUCUCACUUUGAACAUUCUUUCUGCAUGCUACUGAGUACUGUUUCUUUUCAAAGUACCACCUUUUCCCUUUCUUUCCAGACAGGAAACGUUGCUUCCUUUUGUCUUGGAUUUGGAAUCUUACAUUAUGAAGCCAAAGCAGAGUAAUGGCUGGAUCAGUAGGCAAUGUUUCCUACCCACCCUGUGAGAGCAUUGCUUUUCCAAUCCUUUCUUCUAAUUACAAUUCAUAAUGGGAACUCAGAGUGGAAGCCUUCCGCAAUAUGAUGCCUAUGUUUUGCCCUAUAGCCUCUCAGAUUCCUGCUCAUUGGCCAUGUUGGCUAAGGCUGAUGGGGGCCUAAUUCCAAAACAUUUGGAAGGCAUCAGAUAAGGAAGGCUGAUGAAUAUGGAAUUAUGCUUCUUAAUUGAAAAAGGAUAAUUAAUACUAACAGAGCCCAGCAAUGCCAGAGUGUAUACCACUGCUGGCAGGUGUGGAAAAAAAUUGCUUCGUUCUACUGACAUCUUGCCAAACCCACCUAGGGAAUAAUACAUUCGAAGUGGGAAUGAUUCAGCUUGGCUCAUAACCUGCAUGUGACAGCAUUAAAUUCUAAACUAGCAUUAAUUUGUAUUCAAAAGUUUGAAUGUUUAGACAAAAGUAUGGCUCCCGUAUUCCCAAUCCAGGUGUGGAAUACUGUGAGUUCUGGAAUUUUUUUCUGUGUAAACAUGUUUAUACCUAAUUGCAUUGAUACUCUCCCCCCUCCCCCCACACACAAAUCCUACAGAAUGUUCAAUAUUGAUGCUUAGAUUUACUGUUUUAAAAUCUGCCAAUGUGCAAGUUAUGUGAAUUUUGAAAAAAAAAUACUUGAACUUUUAAUUAAAUUUCUUUACUCCCAAAUAUUUUUCUUGGUGUGCUUACACACUACAUGUUUGAAUUGUAUUAGUCCAUAUAUUCUUAAACGUAAAAUACACUGGUUGCUGCAGGUAGUUUUUUAAAAAUAUAAUUUCAAAGAAUAAGUCAGUGGUGACCUAUAAGUUUGAUGUUUUUUUUUUAAAGUAGAUUUUAAUUUUUAGUUUCAUAUUAACCUGAGGAAGAUGUUGCAAAACUUGUGUUUUGACUGUUUGGUAGUAUCUGAAUGAAGAAUCAGCUGAGGGGAAUAAGUAAACACUGAAAUUGUUUUUUUUUUUCUUUUGAAAAACUGUACUAUUUAUUAUUUUGAAAAUCUUUUUUUAUAUGGAAACUUUGAUUCCCUUUGAACUUGCUAUUUUAAUAACAAGUAGUUGUUCCACAAUUAAAGCUGAAGUUGAUACUA